AUGCCAGCAAUUGCCCCAUCGGAGCCGCCGAGCUUCGUUCAGGCGCUGCACCUGGAGCAAUUGCCCACUGCGGGCGAACGAUACAUGAGCACCUUCCCCGCGCUAUCGUACGACUAUGCGCCCGGGAAACCCCUGAGCGUCAAUCGCUCCUACGGAGGACACGCUUUCGCACAGGCUAUCUGGGCAGCCAGCUUGGGGAUCCGAGAGUCCGGUCUUCGCAUCCAUGAAGCCAAUGGCUACUGGACGCUGGCAGGCUACGCCAACCGGCCAUUCAUCUACGAAGUCAAAACACUAUCAAUAACGCGGUCGUUUGCUCUGCGCGAGGUGAUUGCUCGCCAGCCAACGACCCCUUCGGAUGAGUGCCCGUUCCCAAAAACAGACGGUGAUAAGGAACUUGGUCCGGUCGCAUUCGCCCUCACCUGCUCCUUCAAGCAAAGAGAAAGCGGACCAGCAUACUGGCUGAAGUUUGAUGCCGACAUGUAUGGCGAUCUUCUACACGAAAAUCCCAGUUCAUACCCGCAGGAUGUCUACUUCAAGGGACCCAACGGGGUCGGUUCAAUCAGGCUCGCCGACUUUCCAAGUAUUGACAUCCGAACUCCCGAUUUGCAGGAGCACAGCGACCGAAACCCAGGAACUUCCCACAGACGCUUACAUGUGUAUCGUGCUUCGGAGCCAUUGGACCUCGAUCCAAAUCUAGUGGCAGCUCUCCACGCAUACGUCUCUGAUCGGGCGGGUUUGAGCGUCCUGCUGCAUGCCUUUGGAGCCACUGACCUGGGCAUCUCCGGCAGCCUCAGCCAUAAAAUCCUUUUUCAUGUCAGUCCGGAAGAGAUGGCUGUUAAUAACAGGACGUGGUUCACCCAGGAGAUGUCCAGCAGUCGUGGCGGAGAGGGACGAGGGGCUAUCGACAGUCGCAUCUGGAGUCCGUCGGGGGAGCUGGUGGCAACCACCAUCCAGGACGCCCUCUUUCGUCAGCCCAAGGCGAAGCUGGCUUAA